AUGCAAAUCUUUGUCAAGACUCUGACCGGCAAGACGAUCACCCUUGAGGUGGAGUCUUCCGACACAAUCGACAAUGUCAAGGCCAAGAUCCAGGACAAGGAGGGUAUCCCUCCUGACCAGCAGCGUCUCAUCUUUGCUGGUAAGCAGCUUGAAGACGGCCGCACGCUCUCGGACUACAACAUCCAGAAGGAGUCGACACUUCACCUUGUGUUGCGACUUCGUGGUGGUAUGCAGAUCUUUGUCAAGACUCUGACCGGCAAGACGAUCACCCUUGAGGUGGAGUCUUCCGACACAAUCGACAAUGUCAAGGCCAAGAUCCAGGACAAGGAGGGUAUCCCCCCUGACCAGCAGCGUCUCAUCUUUGCUGGUAAGCAGCUUGAAGACGGCCGAACGCUCUCGGACUACAACAUCCAGAAGGAGUCGACACUUCACCUUGUGUUGCGACUUCGCGGUGGUAUGCAGAUCUUUGUCAAGACUCUGACCGGCAAGACGAUCACCCUUGAGGUGGAGUCUUCCGACACAAUCGACAAUGUCAAGGCCAAGAUCCAGGACAAGGAGGGUAUCCCCCCUGACCAGCAGCGUCUCAUCUUUGCUGGUAAGCAGCUUGAAGACGGCCGAACGCUCUCGGACUACAACAUCCAGAAGGAGUCGACACUUCACCUUGUGUUGCGACUUCGUGGUGGUAUGCAGAUCUUUGUCAAGACUCUGACCGGCAAGACGAUCACCCUUGAGGUGGAGUCUUCCGACACAAUCGACAAUGUCAAGGCCAAGAUCCAGGACAAGGAGGGUAUCCCCCCUGACCAGCAGCGUCUCAUCUUCGCUGGUAAGCAGCUUGAAGACGGCCGCACGCUCUCGGACUACAACAUCCAGAAGGAGUCGACACUUCACCUUGUGUUGCGACUUCGCGGUGGUAUGCAGAUCUUUGUCAAGACUCUGACCGGCAAGACGAUCACCCUUGAGGUGGAGUCUUCCGACACAAUCGACAAUGUCAAGGCCAAGAUCCAGGACAAGGAGGGUAUCCCCCCUGACCAGCAGCGUCUCAUCUUUGCUGGUAAGCAGCUUGAAGACGGCCGAACGCUCUCGGACUACAACAUCCAGAAGGAGUCGACACUUCACCUUGUGUUGCGACUUCGUGGUGGUAUGCAGAUCUUUGUCAAGACUCUGACCGGCAAGACGAUCACCCUUGAGGUGGAGUCUUCCGACACAAUCGACAACGUCAAGGCCAAGAUCCAGGACAAGGAGGGUAUCCCCCCUGACCAGCAGCGUCUCAUCUUCGCUGGUAAGCAGCUUGAAGACGGCCGCACGCUCUCGGACUACAACAUCCAGAAGGAGUCGACACUUCACCUUGUGUUGCGACUCCGUGGCGGCAAGUAA